ACAGACAGACAGACACACGGACACACCGCUCGCUCCCUUCCCUGUGCAUCGGCGGCCGCCGCCUCCUCCCCGGCCCCCCGCUCCCCGCCGCCGCGGGGCGUCCUCCGCCCGCUGCAGCGCCCGCCGGGGAGGGGAAGGGAAAGGAAAAAGGAAAGGAAAAAGGGAAAAAGGGGAGGGGAGGAAAGGAGAGGGGGCGGGCGGCGGCUCCCGCUGCUCCGCGGCCCCGCACCGGCAGCCGAAGAGAUGAAGAAAAACAAAUGGAUUCAACUGGACUGUGCUGUUGAAAAUGCUACUAAUCAGUUCUCUCAAAAAAUGCACUGGAGCUGUAUAUGUGCUUUGACUACCUUCUGGAAGAAGAAAAAUGUCAGGACCUGGACUCAGGAGAAAAGUAUCAGCAUCUUCUCUGUAAUCUUGGAUUCUGAACUUGAAGCAAUUAUUGAUUAUAUGCUUCUUGAAAGUUGGAGAAUAUCUGCAAUAAAUUGUUAAAAAAGAAGCAUCAGUGCUGUCCUGUUUGCAAGUUCUAUCCCACUCGAGCGUGCUCAGCAACAUUUGAGAAGCGUAGGUGAUGAACUGCAAUCUUUGUGACAUAUGUGUGCCUCGGAGAGAAAAACUGAAUCUGUUGUGUCAAGUUGGCUUCAGCUUAUGCUCGCAGGGCUGUCGUGAUGAGCCUGAAGGGUGUGAAAACUUUUCAAAGGUGGAGGAUGAGGUAUGAUGGCAGAGAACGACUGUAACUGCUGCAGAAGGAAGCUGGAGAAUGUGAGGAUUGGCCAUGAGAAUUUGUAACGUUUCUUUGGAAAUAUAGUGAUGGGGCCGCUGAGAAGUCACCUGCUUUUGUACAGAGCCUAAUGAGCUGUGUGUGGGCCCUGCAUUCAGUGACAUCCCAUCUCAAGAUGCUGCUAAUACAGUAGCUAAUUUUUCCUUGCUGAAGAAGUCUAACAGAAGCAAAAGGAACUGGUGAAAAAGCAAUGGCUGCCGCAGCUGAUGGUUUGGGAAGUAUAGCUAUAGAUACCACGCAACUGAACAUGUCAGUCACUGAUCCAACAGCUUGGGCCACAGCUAUGAAUAACCUGGGGAUGGUUCCAGUAGGACUAGCUGGACAACAGCUUGUGACAGAUUCAAUCUGUGUACCAGGCUUUGAUCCAAGCCUUAGCAUGAUGACUGGAAUCACUCCGAUCAACCCAAUGAUACCAGGCAUGGGGUUAGUACCGCCACCACCACCAACAGAUGUGCCUGUAGUCAAAGAAAUAAUUCACUGCAAAAGCUGCACACUCUUCCCUCCAAACCCAAAUCUUCCACCACCUUCAACAAGAGAGAGACCUCCUGGGUGUAAAACAGUGUUUGUUGGAGGAUUACCAGAAAACGCAACGGAGGAAAUUAUUCAGGAAGUCUUUGAGCAGUGUGGAGAUAUAACAGCAAUUCGGAAAAGCAAGAAGAAUUUUUGUCACAUUCGUUUUGCAGAGGAGUUCAUGGUUGAUAAAGCCAUUUACCUUUCUGGUUACCGCAUGAGAUUAGGAUCUAGCACAGACAAAAAGGAUUCAGGUCGACUUCAUGUUGAUUUUGCUCAGGCAAGAGAUGACUUUUAUGAAUGGGAAUGCAAACAAAGAAUGCUGGCCCGAGAAGAACGCCACAGACGCAAAAUGGAAGAAGACAGACUGCGCCCUCCUUCUCCUCCGGCAAUAAUGCAUUAUUCUGAACACGAAGCUGCUUUGCUGGCUGAAAAAUUGAAAGAUGAUAGCAAGUUUUCAGAGGCCAUCACAGUGCUGCUUACCUGGAUUGAGCGAGGCGAGGUGAAUCGUCGCUCUGCAAACCAGUUUUAUUCGAUGGUGCAGUCCGCAAACAGCCACGUUCGCCGGCUCAUGAAUGAAAAGGCAGCUCAUGAGCAAGAGAUGGAGCAAGCCAAGGAGAGUUUUAAAAAUGCCUUAACAGGGAUCCUGACACAAUUUGAGCAGAUUGUCGCCGUUUUCAACGCUUCUACCAGACAAAAAGCUUGGGACCAUUUCUCGAAAGCCCAGCGAAAGAACAUAGACAUUUGGCGAAAGCAUUCUGAGGAGCUCCGAAAUGCUCACAGUGAACAGCUCAUGGGAAUCCGCCGGGAAGAGGAGAUGGAAAUGUCUGAUGAUGACAGUAGUGACAAUCCUAGUAAAAAGCUGCGAGUAGAUGAUUCAGCACUAGCUGCCCAAGCGUAUGCACUUAAGGAAGAGAAUGAUAGUCUUCGAUGGCAACUGGACGCUUACAGGAAUGAAGUGGAGCUUCUGAAACAAGAAAAAGGGCAGCUUUUUCGAACAGAAGAAAGCCUUACAAAAGACCAGCAGCUGCAGUUUCUACAGCAGACAAUGCAAGGCAUGCAGCAGCAAUUGCUGAGCAUACAGGAAGAAUUAAAUAACAAAAAAUCCGAGCUGGAGCAAGCCAAGGAAGAACAAACACACACACAAGCGAUGCUUAAAGUCCUUCAGGAACAGUUAAAAAGCGCCAAGGAAUUAGCAGAAAUCAAUGGGCAUGAUGAAUCUCAGGCAAAUGAAAUCAAUGUAUUGACAGUAGCACUGGUCAACCAAGACAGAGAAAAAAAUUCGGAGAAACGAAGUCCAGGUCUAAAAUCAGAGAAAGAGGCACUAUUAAUAGGUAUCAUAUCCACAUUUCUUCACGUCCACCCUUUUGGAGCCAAUAUAGAAUAUCUUUGGUCUUAUAUGCAGCAGUUGGACUCUAGGAUCUCUGCAAAUGAGAUAGAAAUGCUUUUAAUGAGACUGCCACGCAUGUUUAAACAAGAAUUCACUGGUGUAGGAGCAACACUGGAAAAGAGGUGGAAGUUUUGUGCCUUUGAAGGAAUUAAAACUAUCUGACUGUGACUAGUAAUGAAGCUAUGCAGAAGAAGAAUUCCUAGAGCAUGGCAGGGUUAUAAAGUAUUAAAGUAAGAAAUUUGGGUUUUGGCACAUAGUAGUAUGUUUUCAAAGUUAUCCAAGCCUGAUUUUAGUUACAUUUGUGACGUUCUCUUGUGAGUGAAAAUUGUAGUUGUGCACCAGUUCCUAAAAUAAAAUUAAAAAAUAAAAACAACAAAAAAAAAGACUUUCAAAAUGUGAGAGAUCUGUUUCCUAUGAAAACUGAAGAAAGAUACCACAGUCAUAAUGAUUUCAAAAUACUACAUGUCCUACAUCUAAGAAAAGCUCAUUGAGCAAGCAGUUAAACAGAAAGAUUGCCCAGUUGUGGUCACUAAGCCGCAGCGGUGUGUAUGUAAUAUGUAGUAGAACUCAUUAAGUUUUGUUAUUGAAAGUUAUUUCUGUUUAGUAAGAAAACUGAGUAAUUUUACAGUGAAGGAAAGCAUACCAAAAGAAAACUUGAAGAUGUGUCUGAAGUUAUUGUAUUUUGUAAAUUAAGUUAUAUGCUGUACCAGGGAUUUUUGCCUUAUUGAAAGAGGCCUGAAAAUGUGAUUGGAGUCCUCGAGAAUGCUUUAUCAAGAAUAUUAUUUUUCUAAUGUAACUAUUCUCCAUUACAAGUUCUUUUAACAUGGAUUGCAUAUCAAUUUUCAUAAACAUGUAAAUAAGGAGGAAACCAGUGUUACUGUAUUGUAUUUGGUAUGUAACAUUCAGGUUUAUGCAUCAAAA